AUGAGCUCAAAGGGAGAAAGCGACACCACCCCAGAUGCUGUUCUGAGCAACAUAAGGCAGAUUCUUAUGGAUGAAGGGUUGGAGAAUGCAGCCUCCUUCAUGUUCCCUGCUGCAACACUUGAAGCUGCUGAAAAGUCUUUUUACGAUGUACUUGGUGAGAAAUAUCCGUCCUUAAUCAAUCAAAAUGUAGAUACCCCACUCAUCAACAAUUAUUAUGGUUGUAAUGGCAAUAUUGCAAAUGAUAACAACGCUAUUGAAUCCAUCUUGGUUUCUGAUCUCUCUCAGCAGAAACCCUCUCCUCCGGCACCUCAGCCAUCGGAGGUGUUUGAUAAAAUAUUACUCUUUAACAGUGAAGAUGGGCGAGGAAGGAUGUUUCAGCAGAGUGAAAAACACAAGAGAAAACGGGUUAAUAAUAAAGGGGAUUUAGUUGACAUGAGGGCUCUCCUCGUGCACUGCGCAGAAGCAGUGGGAGGAAACGAUAUCAAGAGUGCAAAAGAACUACUGUCGCAGAUUAGGCAGCACUCUUCUCCUUUUGGUGACGGAUCCCAGAGACUGGCUCAUUGCUUUGCCAACGCCCUUGCAGCACGCUUGGUUGGUUCUGGAAGUGAGUUAUAUGCUGCUAAAAAGAUUUCUUCUGUUCAUAUCUUGAAAGCUUGCAGGUUGUUUAUUUCAGCUUGCCCUUUCAUGAGGAUGUCGAAUUUCUUUGUGACACAAACGAUUAUGGACCUGGCAAAGAAGGCAACAAGGCUCCACAUCAUCCAUUUUGGUAUCCAGUAUGGUUCCCAAUGGCCUAGCCUUAUCCAGCGCCUCUCUCAAAGACCAGGUGGGCCGCCUGUGCUGCGCAUUACAGGAGUAGAUUUUCCCCAACCAGGUUUCCAGCCGGCAGCAAGGGUGGAGGAAACGGGGCGUCGUUUAGCAAAUUAUUGUUACAGAUUAAACGUCCCUUUUGAGUACAACGGCAUAGCGCAGAAAUGGGAAACUAUCCAAUUCAAAGACCUCAAGAUUUUGAGAGAUGAGAUGGUCGUUGUCGACUGUUUGUACCUCUUUAGGUACCUACUUGAUGAUACGGUGGUGUCGAGCAACCCCAGAGACACCGUUUUGAAGUUGAUCAAGAAGAUCAAUCCACAUGUUUUCAUCCAUGGGGUCGUUAAUGGAUCCUACAAUUCCCCAUAUUUUGUUUCACGGUUCCGAGAGGCGUUAUACUAUUUCUCUGCGGUGUUUGAUAUGUUUGAAGCCAAUGCGGGGCGUGAAGAUGAGGAAAGGAUGGUGUUUGAGCGAGAGAUAUAUGGGAAGGAGGUUUUGAACGCCAUUGCGUGUGAAGGGGUGAAGAGGUUUGAGAGGCCGGAGACGUAUAAGCAGUGGAAGGUUCGGAAUCAGCGGGCUGGGCUGAGGCAAAUUCCGUUGAAUCAGGAGAUGGUGAAGAAAGUGAAGGCGCAUGUGAAGUUGUGUUACCACAAGGAUUUCUUGGUGGAUGACGAUGGGGAGUGGCUGCUGCAAGGAUGGAAGGGGAGAAUCCUGUUUGCUCUCUCCUGCUGGAAAACUGCCUGA